CGACUUCAGUGGCGGGCAGUUUAUAACGUCCACACCUAAAGGUACACGGCAGCUGCUACUGGCGCAAGAUGUUUUUGACUAGGCCGUUAUUAUUCACACCGCUUACUUCUUUUGUCGUUCUGUCGAUUUCUGCCCAGGAUGCCCAGGAUGCCCCUCCAUAACUUCCUUCCUUUGAAGCUGAUAGCGAUUGCGACACGAUAAUGCCAAGGAAAGACUGAACAUUGAAACAAUGAACAAUGACUUGUAAUCCUCAAGAGUCCGCCGAAAUGUCCAAGCCAACCCACCUCAAGCCCUCGGCGCUGGGCACCAAAGAAUACUGGGACAACCUCUACGAGUCCGAGCUCUCCAACCACGCCGACGACCCCUCCAACACCGGCACCGUCUGGUUCGACGACUCGGACGCCGAGACCAAGCUCAUCGAAUUCCUCUCAUCCUCCUCCGCCGACCUGCACCUCUCCCAAGAAACCACCUCCUUCCUCGACCUCGGCACCGGCAAUGGCUCCCUGCUUUUCGCGCUGCGGGACUCCGACUGGAAGGGCCGCAUGCUCGGCGUAGACUACUCGGCCCAGAGCGUGCAGUUCGCGCGGCGCAUUGCCGAGUCGCGCUCCUCUUCCUCCUCCUCCUCCAACUCCGACUCCGACUCCGAUUCCCGCGAAGAGCCAAUCACUUUCCUGGAGCACGACAUUCUCAGCUCCCCAUCCGCGCUCCUCACAGGCGCCCAAUCCAACGGGUGGGACGUAGUUCUCGACAAGGGAACCUUCGACGCAAUCUCGCUAUCCUCCACCAUCGACCCCGCGACCGGCCUACGCAUCAAUGAAUCCUACAAGUCCAGAAUAACGCCCUUGGUCCGUGAGAACGGGAUCUUCCUCGUGACGAGCUGUAAUUGGACUGAGGAGGAGCUACGGGUUUGGUUCGAAGGGGAGGUUAGGGUUGAGGAGGAGGAGGAGGAGGAGAAGAAGAACGGCAGUAAUAGAGGGGGGUGGAAAUUUGUGGAGGUUGGCAGGGUAGCCUAUCCCAGUUUCAGCUUCGGCGGCGUCAAGGGGCAGACUAUUAGUAGUCUAUGCUUCAGGAAAGUGAGGAUCUCCACAAGUUGACGCUUCUCGGCCAUGAGAAUAUAGACUUAAUAUACCUGGGUACCUAUAUAUCAUCCUCUACUUUGGCACAACAGGCACAAAUCUAGGUUGACAAAGAAGUUUAGAUUCCCCAGCAAUGAAAUAGACAAAAGUAUACUAACAGUAGAUAAUCAUGUCACCGUCUUGUCAGUCUUAAUUGAAAAUCUAUUAAAAUUCAUCAUAGGGUGUCUUUUUUUGGUUCUUUUAAUCUUACACACCCGGCAGCACUACCGGAACAAUCAUCAUCUUUUCCGGCUUCUCAGGCUCG